AUGUUACCAGAGGAAAAGACAAUUCAAACAGUAAUGACUAUAGUUGGCACUGUUGCUAAAGGUUCAACAAUUCAUAAGCAACUUCAAGAUUAUUCUCAACAGCCUCCAAAUUUGGUAGUACCCUUUUUUAGUAGUUCCUCCCUUGAUGGUAAAGAAAAUGUGAAUCCUGUCUCAAAUGGGCAAGCACUGAAUUCAAAUUCAAGUUUGAAUCAUGAAAUCUCUGCUCCACCUUCCACUGUGCAGUGUGAAUCAGAAAUGGCACCCCUUAGCACUCUUUCUAAUGCUUAUGAUGAGCUACAGCUUCAGUAG